AUGGCGAGCGCGGCGGCGGCGGCGGCGGCGGCGGCGGGCGGGGGGGUCCUCGGGCGGGGGUCCGGGACCGGCGGCGGCGGCGGCAGCGGCGUCCUCUCCCGCGCCGGCGCUGACAGGCUCUGCGCGCGCGCCCCGCCCCCAACCGCCUUUAUGCGCGUCCGGCCCCGCCCCCCGAGCUCCCGCGCGCGCCGCAGCGGGCGAGACCAUCCGGCCCACGCCGGCGGGGGGGGGGGCCCAGGCGGCAGCGCGCGCUUCGCAGGCGGCCCGGGCCUGGGCGGGGGGACGCGAGGCCGCAGCCCCGGCACUGCCUUCUGGGCGGCGGCGGAGGGGCGCCGUGUGGCCGAAGGACGAGAGGCCCGAGGAAAGGCUGCCCCCCGCUCCUAG